CGUGUGUUCUCUCCGCGGGGAGCUCGGCUCGCCCUUCCGCCGCUCGGCAGGCCCGGAGGGUGCCCGGGCCGCAGGGUUGGAAGGGACCGCUGGGGAUCAGCCAGUCCAACCCCACUGCCAAGGCAGGAUCGCCUAGAGCAGGUGACACAGGAACCUGUCGACGUGAGCUUUGCAUAUCUCCAGAGGGAAACUCCAUGACCUCCCUGGGCAGCCUGUUCCAGUUCUCAGCCACCCUCAGUGUAAAGUUGUUCUUCCCUAUGUGAAGGUGGAACUUCUUGUGUUUUGUUCUUGUGAAAACAGAAAAGAUGUUCGAUAUUAAGGCUUGGGCCGAGUACAUCGUGGAGUGGGCUGCCAAGGACCCCUACGGCUUUCUCACGACCGUGAUCUUGGCUCUCACACCGCUGUUUGUAAUUAGUGCGGCACUGUCAUGGAAGCUUGCAAAAAUGAUCGAGGCCCGGGAACGAGAGCAAAAGAAGAAACAGAAACGCCAGGAGAACAUUGCAAAAGCCAAACGAACAAAGAAGGAUUAAACGGGCAAAAUGGCCUUCCUUGUGCAAAGAAUCCACUUUUAAAAUGAAAUACUUGUACAUUUUGUGUUGUAACUGUCCUUUAAUACUUGAUCCUGUUACUUCUUGAAGUAUGAAAUUUAAUACUUCCAGUGUAUUUUUUUCCCUGCUGAUUUGUGUUAAAAUUUGCCCAAGUGACACUUGUUAGAGUAAUUUAAUUUACAACUUGUAUUCUAGUGCAGGUUGCUUUUCUAAAUUUGCAUGUUAAAUUAAAAAGUUAACCUCUUGGGUGGCUCUGAAGGUAGAUUUUUUUUUUUCUCUUAGCUGAGCUAUGACUUAACAAGUGUCUUAAAAUUGUCAAGUUUAGGGGAAAAUGUGAAUAAUAAACUGGAUUACACGAAUGCAAGUUUUGGCAUACCUUGAGCAGGGCUGUAGAGACAAGCUAGCUGUAGCAUUUGAUAGCAGACAUGACUGAUUUCCUUUAAGGUCACUGCAUAUGGCUGUGUGUGCCCACAGUGGCUGCUGCAGUGUCUUUGAUGGUGGUGCUUGUCUGCACAAAUAACCUACCUUAGCUUUUCCUGUUUCCUGAACUACAAGCCAUCAACAGCCUUUAGUUCAAGUUCUAGGAAACUGAUUGCUUGUUUGUAUUAGCUUCUUAUUAGCUUCACUUCUCAUAAGGCACUCAUGUUCUGUAAAAUACAGUACUGUUGUUUGGUCUUCCCUAACAAUCACCUGAAUGCUCCACCUACAACUAAUUUGUUUUUGCCUUCAUGAACUCCUUAUGUCUCAAAGAAUAGCCAUAAAUGGGGUGAGACCAAAGACCCAGGUGGCCUAGUGUUCUGAGUCCCAGAGACCUAUAGCAGAUGGCUGUGCAAGGAUGAUGCACAAGCAGGUGACAAUAGUUCUGCUUGCUAACCUUCUGGCUACCUUUGAUCUAAGGCUUGAGUUUAGGUAGGACUUUUGUUCUCAUGGCCCUUGAAACUCUGCUGCCUUACAGGUUGCAAGAUGCUGACAUAAUAAAAAAAAAAGUCAGGUUUGUGUUGUAAAUACAUCAAAAUUAUUUAACCUUAUUUCCAAUUAAUCUCUUCUAAACAGAACUGAGUAAUUUUUCAAAUAAUUUUUUAAUAAUAGUCUGUGUUGGCCUCUACAUAGUCUAGUUCAAAAGAACUUGUAGCAGUCAUUGAGAUUUUACAUUUCACAUAUUUCUAAACAGCAGCAUAGAAUUGUGCAUUCUAGCAGCUACUCUUUGAUCAGGUUUAAAAAUAAAACCUUAAAAUAAUACCAUUGUUCAACUGAAGAGACUUAUAGAGCUGGCUGACACCAAGGGGGAUCAGAACUGGGGAGUCUAACUGAAAUUACUUUAAGUAAGUGUGAAGUUGAUCCCCUUUCAAUUUUGUUGGUGAAAGCAAGCAUUAUUAGAAUAUGACAUUUGGGCAUUUUAUAAAUAUGUGAGAUUAAGUCUCCAUGUUUUGUAUGGUGUUGUCAAAUAUGUCAAAAAAUAUGUUUGACCUUUGAUACCCACAUAGCUUGAAACACAGGGAAGAAAACGGAUGAGGGAUACGCUCCGUAAAUAAAUUUGAUACUUUUUGAAAAAAAA